CUUGAGCCUCCUCGUCCUCAAGCCAUCGCAUGCGAAGACGAGGCGGCAGCGGCGGCGCUGACAGCGAGCAGACCCGGUCUUGAAACGCCGGCCGUCUCAUAAAGGCAGACGGCAUGCAAGAACCCUCCUCCUGCAAGCCACAUUCUUCGCACUCGCGCCUGCCAUGUCGCACAAGUCGCUGUCGCCUUCGUGCUCCUCGUCCGAUCUCGGCGAGCGCAUGCCUGGCUCGCCGUUCUCCACCGCGCCGCCGUCGCCGUCGCCGCUCAGCCUGCACUCGACGCUGACGGCGUCGACGUACGCGACCGCCCGGCCCGAAGCGUACUCCUCUUCCUCGUCGUCGUGCACGUCCGACACCUCGCCGGACACGUCGCACACCGAGCAUCAGCAUGCGCCCGAGAGCUAUGCGCCCGAGAGCUACGCAAUGGACAGCCCAGAUGCCGACGACCUGCUGACGCCGCGGGCGCAGCAGCCCACUUCGACGCUGGCGUCGCGCAGGCGCAAGGGCAGCGUGCCGCCUGUCAUGCUUGUUGGGCCCGAGACGCUGUACGCCGACUACUUUGGCAGCUUGACGGGCCGCCGCCCUUCGACGGGCCUGCUGCACCUCGAGAUCGACGACGCGCCCUCUUCGGACGAGGACCCCGCCUUCGACGCCAAGAUCCGUACGCACAACGCGCCGGUGCCAGAGCACAUCGUGCGACCUGCUCUGGAGAGUCACUUCAGCAGCGACGACACCGACGAAAACUCUUCUUCUUCAGGCUGCGACUCAUCGACAUCGCACGAGCCAGCAGCCCACAUGGGCUUCUUCCGGUCGCGCGCUCUCGGCAACAAGAGCUCUUUCAUGUCGCUUCGCGCCGCCGCCGCUCGAACUGACAGCCAGGUUCUCGACAGCGAUGUGUCUGUCAGUCACGAGACGGAAAGCAGCAAAGCAAAGAGCAGCAUCGAGAGCACGAGCACCGCCUCGCAGAGCGGCUUCCGCUACACCUCGCGUGCGUUCCACAACGCCUCGCGACGUGCUUUCUUCCUCCGGCCCGGCUCGAUCCGCCCGAGGAAUCUCCCGGCACCGCUCGCAGCCAGCGAGGUCAUUCACGCACCGCCAGGCAAAUCGCCACGCUCAAAGGCCGACACUUCGUAUCACCGUCGCGCACGCAGCGAUGACCCCGUUCGCUCGAUCUUGAGCCAGCUGGACGACGCACCGCAAGUUCCGGAGGACAGCGCUGGCGCUGUGCUUGCCCGUACCCUUCAGGCCAGGCGCGAAUGUGCUGCUGAUACGACGCUGCUGGGCGGCGCUGCGCUGCGCACCGAGUGCGACUGCUGCGAGGCUCACGGCCUAUGGAUCUUCGUGCCGAGUCGACAGUUGCUCUGCCGCUCGUGCCUUACGCUCGCGCUCGGCGCGCUCGGAUCGCCAGUGGCUACCGCUUCGCCUCGCAGCUCGCCCACGCCGGCCAGCAUCGCGCGACUCCUCAACGAACUGCCACCGUCGGGCCUGGAGGCGCUGCUCGUAGCUGCAGCCCGUGCGUCCAAGCAGCCCAAGCAGUCGCUGCCGCUAGAGCAGGAGGUCUCAAGGGUCCCUCCCUCGCCGCUGCGCCGUGUGCGAUCGGGAGAGCGCCUCGGCUCACGUCUCUUCCGACGUGCACUCGGCGGGCACGGCCAUUUGGCUUCGUCUGCAUCGACCACCGGCGAUGCUAGAGCCGCUGCGCUGCGCACAAGCCGGAGCAUUGCCUCACUGCGCGGCGUCGAGCCUCCGCCCAGCGCUCCGCCCACGAUCAACACCUUCCGCGACAUCAUCGCUGCGCCGCACGCGCAUCCAGCUGCGCUUUACGUCGGACAGCUGCGCCUCGCACCCAUCCUCGACAGCUGGGGAUGCGGACGACCGCAGGCUGCCGUGGACCCGCUUCUGCUAUGCACCGCCUGUCCGCCGAGUCGCGACGAUGCUCGCGGCGCAGUCGUCCCAGCCAGCCAAGCCCAGCAGCACGCUCAAGCAGCGCAUGCCCUGUUUGGCGAGUCGCCUCGGCCGGCGCCCGUGCCGCCGCCGCGCCGAGAAUCGGUCUGCUCAGGCGAGGUCAGCCCCAACGCGGGCAGGCCCGCAGGCCCACCCACCCGCCUGCCUCGCCGCGUCUCUUCCCUGCCGGCGCUCAAGGUGCUCGCAAACGCCAUGCACCCCGCGGCACACACUGCUGCCCUCGCCACUGUUCGCGCAGGUGCCGCUGUGCCUACGAUGGCCUCCGGUCUGGUCGCCGUCUCACCGCGCGGCACGUCGCUGCUGCGCCUGCACGAUGCUGUCUCGCCCACGAAGGCCUCGCCGCAGACGCCCCGCUCGCCGCUUUCGCCGUACCGCCUGCCGCGACUCUCGACCCACGGCCGCACGCGUCCUCCGCCUCCGCUCGACCUCGUGCAGGUUGCGGCCAAAUCGGCCAAGCACGGCGGCCGUCCCAGCGGACAGCCGCAAAGUGCUCGCCUUCCGCAGUCUCGCGCGCUUGACCGAUCGCCACGCUUCGCCUCGGACCUGGGCCGCUCACCGCGCCCCGUCAAGCAGGACCUGACUCGCAAGCCGUCGGCUGGAAGUGUCGCUGGCAGCAUGCGCACGCCACGCCCGCUCAAUCCAGAUCCGAGCUGGGCGCCGCCGCGCUGGGAGCACUGGACGCCCGAGCCGGCAUGGCAGUCGGCAGCGCCGGCACCGCUUCUGUUCCACUGAGGCCCACGCUCUCGUCGCGGCAUACGCAGUGUAUGAAUUGCAGCUCAUCGUGUGCAGCCCGCAGUGA